AUGGGAAUUUCGAGUCCUCUUCGACCAUUUACUAAUUAUGAUCAUUCAGCAGAGCUUCAAGCAAAUACAGUUGAACUUUGGUGGACAGUGAAUAAUACUGAAGAAACGGUCACAUUUGAAUUACACGUUAAAACUGUCGGAUGGAUUGCUUUUGGCAUUAGUCCAGGUGGGGGCAUGAAAGGCGCUGAUAUAGCAGUUGGGUGGGUUGACUCUUCUGGUAAAGUCUAUAUUCAGGAUCGAUUUGCACGCGAUAAAAUAAAACCAGAUAUGGACAAUACAACUCAAGAUUGGAUUGCUCUGAAAGGUCAAGAACAAAAUGGAUGGACAGCUUUACAAUUCAAGCGUAGCUUUGAUACUUGUGAUCCAAUGGAUGUUCCUAUAAGAUCAGGCACGAAUAUUGUUAUAUUUGCCUAUGGUCUUGUCGAUCUGGAUUUAUGUCAUUCAAAUGUCGAUAUGACGUAUCAUGAGGAUCGAAGAGGUACUCGUAUGCUACCACUUCUAUCGUAUACCGAUCCACCAACAGAUGAUAUGUUUGCUAAAAAUGAUUUCUUCGAUUUGCGCUUCGAUAAUCAUGCCGUUCCAUCGACAGAUACUACAUAUUAUUGCAAAAUAUUCAAGAGCCCAAGUAGAUUCACCAAGAAAAGACAUGCAAUAGCUCGUAAAAUAUUGAUUGAUUCAAGAAAUGUAAAUCUUGUACAUCAUCUUGACCUAUUCGAAUGUGGUCCAGAAGAUAUAUUUAAUGAUACCCAACUACCUGAUGGCAUAUGCGAUGAUCUUUUGACUAAAAUGAGGAUGUGUUCGUCAAAAUUAGCUACGGCUUGGGCAAUCGGUGGUGAUCUAAUUACAGAAUAUACCAAAGAGGCCGGUUAUCCUGUCAGCAAUGAUGUCGGCGAUAAGUAUUUCAUGAUUAAAAUGCACUAUGAUAAUCCACAAUUAAUCCCAAAUCUUCGAGAUAGCUCAGGCGUUCGAUUUUACCUUGGUGAUGAACUUCGACAACAUGAUCUUGGUUAUCUUGUUUUUGGAACUCUAUCUAGAGCGGCAGCACUUGCUAUUCCACCUAAAACCAAACAAUUCAUUGUUGACUCCUACUGUCCACCUGAAGCAACUCGUAAUUUUCCUAGUUCUGGUAUCAAUGUUCUGUCCGCUUUGCCACAUACUCAUUUGCAAGGUGUUAGUGUAUGGACUAAAUUAAUUCGCAACAACACAGCUGUUCAAUAUUUAUUCAAUGCCGAGGCCUACGAUUUCAAUUAUCAAUUCGAAAAUCGACUGUCAAAACCGAUCAAAAUCUACCCAGGAGACUCAUUUGCUACUCGUUGUGUAUACAGUACAACAAACAAGAAUGAGAUCACAUUGGGUGGACAGCGAACAACGGAUGAAAUGUGUUCUCAUACAUUUUCUUAUUAUCCUGCCGUCGAUGGUUUGUCCGCAUGCAUGAUAGCUAUUGAUGAGAAGGAAUGGCAAACUUUCAUGAAUGCACCCUCGCCAAUAGAUAAUAUGCAAUUGCAACAAUGGCUUCUUAACUUUACAUGGACACCUGAAUCAGUUGCUCGAUUGCAAGAAUUCUACAAUAAAGCUAAUCGAUAUACUCUUUUCGAUCGACAAGGUCAAUUCGAAUUCAAUACUUUACCUGCUAACUUGAAUUAUAAAGAUCUCCAAGUUGAACCAUGCAAUAAAAAAGAGCUGAAACACAGUAUCGAUCAGUCAUGUAGCGAGUUAAGUGGUUCCGCAGCAUGUCAACAUACAUUAUUUAUUUUUACAUUAAUUUUCUUUGUUUUAAAAACAAUAUUUCCAUAA